AUCUGUUGUUUACAUCCCAUUCUUCUCAAGUGCAAGAUUAAGAUAAAUGGAAAGGCUAGAGGCAAGAGAUCCAGAGGGAAUGCUCAGAGGUCAAGCUACAAUACUGCAAUGCAUUUUUGGCUUCAUGGAUAGCGUGGCACUCAAGUGUGUAGUUGAGCUAGACAUUCCUGAUAUAAUAAACUCCCAUGGUUGUCCCCUCUCCUUGUCUUCCAUUGCUAAAAGCAUCAACCACCCUUCUCUGGACAUUGAUCGCCUCUCACGGAUUAUGGCAUUGUUAGCUCACAGAGGAAUCUUCACAUCAAGUCAUCCAGAAGGGAAACACAACACUACUACUCUCUAUGGCCUCACGAACUCCUCCAAAUUUCUACUCCGCAAUUCCAAGACAAGUCUUGCACCCUUAUUGAUGUUGCAAUACCAUGAAGGGACUGUACCAAAUUGGCAUCACCUUAGUAAUAUUGUAAAGGAAGGUGGGAAUGGGUUUGCUAGGUCUAAUGGUUUAGAGCUUUGGGAUUUUGCAUCAUCUAAUCCUGAGUUCAACACCUUAUUUAAUAAGGCUAUGGAUGGGAUAUCAAGCAUCACAAUGGAAGCAAUGAAGACUAGCUAUAAAGAUGGGUUCAAGGAAAUAGGAUCGCUUGUUGAUGUUGGAGGCGGAUCUGGUGCAAUGGUGGGUGAGAUUGUGAAGGCACAUCCACAUAUAAAAGGUAUCAAUUUCGAUCUUCCACAUGUGGUGGCUACGGCACCAGAGUAUGAGGGCGUCACACAUGUUGUUGGCGAUAUGUUUGAAAGCAUUCCUGCAGCUGAUGCAAUUCUUAUGAAGUGGAUAUUGCAUACGUGGGAUGACGAAAAUUGCAUCAAAGUCUUGAAAAAGUGUAGACAAGCAUUGCCUGAGAAAACUGGAAAGCUUAUAAUCAUGGAAGCAGUUUUAAAUCCGCAGGGAUUCGACUUGUUCAAUCAUACAAGAUUGAUAUUUGAUCUAGUGAUGAUGGUUCAUGUCGAAGGAAAAGAAAGGAGUGAAGUAGAAUGGAAAAGGCUGUUGGAGGAAGGAGGUUUUGGAAGCUACAAAAUUAUAAAAAUUCCAGCAAUGAUAUCAAUAAUUGAGGCUUAUCCCUGAUAUGCUCUCUCCUUGGAUUGUGUAGCUAGAAAUAUUACCAUUUAUUUUUCUAUUUAUGGUGUGCUUUUCAUCUUUGUUAUCUUAUUACUCUGUGCUUUCUAUAUAAUCUUUGGUGAAUGAACGCAGCACCCUUAUCUCGAA